GCUAGAGUUUACUGAUUUCAUUUUCUCACUUGGGGCUCCUGCUUGGCUGUCUCUUAUAGGAACUGGUAUUUUCUUAAUUAAGCUAUUCCUAGACAUUUCUAUGGAGUCUUUGGAAUUCUUAAAACAAUGUUUAGGACAAAUGUUGGCAUUUCUUCACUAAUUGAGGUCUAUAAGCUACUUAAAGUUUGAUUUUCUUAACCUUAAUGGAAUCCUUCUUUCUAGACAAAAACAAGAAGUGUAUCUGGAAAUUAGUUAAUUUCAAAGAUGCUGGAAACAGAUUAAGAAAAUGUGAAAGGAUGAAUGUAAUAGUUUAAUGUGUGUGUAAUGUUUUAUUCUCAGUUUGCAUAGGGAAGGGAAGGAAAUUGUGUUUCUUGAACAGACAUCCACUAAAUAUCUUUUGUUUACCAUGCUUCAUGCUAGUUGGGUUCUGGCUGGAAUUAUGAAAGAAGACCCUCAUGUUCAAAAUUACUGUAAUUAUAACUGAAGUAUAUUAACGUUAUUCAUGGAAUUAACCAAUAACCUUAGACAUCUUCAUGGUUUUCCAAAAACAAAAAAGAAAACUCAUGUGUUUCCAACUUUUCAGAAGUAGAGGGCCAAACAACUGGUUUGUCCUCUUAUGGAGUACAAAGGAUGUAAAGGAUACAAGAAAGUUCUGUUUCUCAGCUAUUGUCUUCAUAUAUUCAAUUGAGUAGAAAUUUAUUUGGUUUAGCAAGUUCAUCUUUUUAAAGCCAAUCCUGUACCCUUACAGAUGGUUACACUUUUGUGCAUGUUAGUUAAAUCAGAUAUACUCACAUUAUUAACUGUAAUAGUGACCAUUUAUUGAGUUUCUACUAAGGACCAGGUACUGUGCUACAUGCUUUAUUGUACUACCUUUUUUUUUUUUUUAACUAAUUUUGUAGCCCAGGGAAAUGUGUCUGACCAUAGAGUACCAGAAUCUGCUGGAAAAGUCAUUGGAGAGAUCUAUGGAAUGUUCUUGCAAAAAAUUUAAUAUAAAGUCUGACAGGAAGCAUGUGGCCUUUUGUUUUACUUCUUUUGUUUGAUUGCAUGUUCUUACAGGUCUCUAAAAAAGUAGCAGAUUUAAUCCUUGAAAAACAACCUGCUUAUGUAAAGGAACUUGAAAGAGUUACCUCAUUACAGACAGGUCUUCAGUUAGCUGCUGUUAUCUGCACAAAUGGAAGGAGACACUUGAACAUUGCAAAGGAAGGUUUUACUCAAGCUAGUUUAGGUCUUCUUGCAAACCAAAGGAAACGUCAGUUGCUGAUUGGACUUCUGAAAUCUCUGAGAACUAUAAAAACAUUGCAAAGAACAGAUGUUCGCUUAAGUGAAAUGCUGGAGGAGGAAGACUAUCCAGGAGCUAUUCAGUUGUGCCUGGAAUGUCAGAAAGCUGCCAGCACUUUUAAACAUUAUAGUUGUAUAAGUGAACUGAAUUCAAAGCUGCAAGAUACUUUAGAACAAAUUGAGGAACAACUGGAUGUAGCACUUUCCAAAAUCUGCAAGAAUUUUGACAUUAACCAUUAUACCAAGGUUCAACAAGCUUAUCGACUUCUUGGAAAAACACAGACAGCAAUGGAUCAACUUCAUAUGCACUUCACUCAAGCCAUCCACAAUACUGUGUUUCAAGUUGUGCUUGGUUAUGUGGAACUAUGUGCAGGAAACACAGAUACAAAAUUCCAAAAGCUGCAAUAUAAGGAUCUCUGUACACAUGUCACACCAGACAGCUACAUUCCAUGCCUUGCCGACCUCUGCAAAGCAUUGUGGGAAGUUAUGCUUAGUUAUUACAGGACUAUGGAAUGGCAUGAAAAGCAUGACAAUGAGGAUUCUACCUCAGCUUCUGAAGGAAGUAAUAUGAUAGGUACUGAAGAAACUAAUUUUGAUCGUGGCUACGUGAAAAAGAAAUUAGAACAUGGACUUACACGAAUAUGGCAGGAUGUCCAGCUAAAAGUAAAAACCUACUUGCUUGGAACUGACUUGUCUAUAUUUAAAUAUGAUGAUUUCAUCUUUGUCUUGGACAUAAUCAGCAGGUUGAUGCAAGUUGGAGAAGAAUUUUGUGGUAGCAAGUCUGAAGUUUUACAAGAGUCUAUUAGAAAACAAAGUGUCAAUUAUUUCAAAAACUACCAUAGAACACGGCUUGAUGAACUGAGAAUGUUCCUAGAGAAUGAGACCUGGGAGCUUUGUCCUGUUAAGUCAAAUUUCAGCAUCUUGCAACUUCAUGAAUUUAAAUUCAUGGAACAGUCUCGUUCUCCAUCCGUUUCACCUAGUAAGCAGCCUGCCUCAACUUCCUCAAAAACGGUGACCUUGUUUGAACAGUACUGUAGUGGUGGGAAUCCAUUUGAAAUUCAGGCCAACCACAAAGAUGAAGAAACAGAAGAUGUCCUGGCUUCUAACGGAUAUGAAUCUGAUGAACAAGAAAAGAGUGCCUAUCAGGAGUAUGACAGCGACAGUGACGUCCCUGAGGAGCUCAAACGAGAUUAUGUGGAUGAGCAGACAGGCGAUGCUCCUGUGAAAAGUGUUUCUCGAGAAACCCUAAAAAGCAGGAAGAAAUCAGAUUACAGCCUAAAUAAAGUGAAUGCACCCAUCUUAACAAAUACUACGUUGAAUGUAAUAAGACUUGUUGGGAAAUAUAUGCAGAUGAUGAACAUUCUUAAGCCAAUUGCCUUUGAUGUUAUCCACUUCAUGUCUCAACUAUUUGAUUAUUACUUGUAUGCAAUAUAUACAUUUUUUGGUCGGAAUGAUUCAUUGGAAUCAACAGGAUUAGGCCUUAGUAGUAGUAGAUUAAGAACAACUCUAAACAGAAUACAGGAAAGCCUUAUUGAUCUGGAAGUUUCAGCUGAUCCUACCAGCACACUCACAGCAGCAGAAGAGAGAAAGGAGAAGGUACCAAGCCCACACCUCAGUCAGCUUGUGGUUUUGACAUCCGGGGAUACGUUGUAUGGCUUGGCGGAAAGAGUGGUAGCCACAGAAUCCUUGGUAUUCUUGGCUGAACAGUUUGAGUUUCUUCAGCCACAUCUGGAUGCUGUGAUGCCUGCAGUCAAAAAACCCUUUCUUCAGCAAUUUUAUUCUCAGACGGUCUCAACUGCCAGUGAACUGCGCAAACCAAUUUACUGGAUUGUAGCUGGUAAAGCCAUUGAUUAUGAGCAAAUGCUGCUGCUAAUGGCUAAUGUGAAAUGGGAUGUAAAAGAAAUUAUGUCACAGCACAAUGUAUAUGUAGAUGCGUUGUUAAAGGAGUUUGAACAGUUUAACAGGAGGUUAAAUGAGGUUUCUAAGAGAGUCCGGAUCCCGUUGCCUGUGUCUAAUAUACUCUGGGAACAUUGCAUCCGACUGGCUAAUAGAACUAUUGUGGAAGGAUAUGCCAAUGUCAAGAAAUGUAGUAAUGAGGGUCGUGCCUUGAUGCAAUUGGAUUUUCAACAGUUUUUAAUGAAACUUGAAAAACUAACAGAUAUUAGACCCAUUCCUGAUAAAGAAUUUGUGGAAACUUACAUUAAAGCCUACUACCUGACCGAGAAUGACAUGGAACGCUGGAUCAAGGAGCACAGGGAGUAUUCAACAAAGCAGCUGACCAACCUGGUGAAUGUUUGCCUGGGAUCCCAUAUCAAUAAGAAAGCAAGACAAAAACUUCUGGCAGCUAUAGAUGACAUAGACAGACCCAAGAGAUAAUGAACACAGCUCUUUUUCCUCAGUGGCACUUAUCUUCUCUUGACAUAUAUGACAUGAAAGCCAGUUUUUCAUGCACUCCUGACAACUGUCUGCUAAGAAACUUGUGCAUGUUCUUUCUAAUGGGAAAGUGGAAAACAGAUAUCUAAGUUUGUGUGGUGGUCUCACAUGACUUUUAUAUGCUCUAGUCCCUUCUCUUCAACUUUUGACCUCAUUUGUUGUAACCCCUUCCUGAAAUGAUAUUAUUGCCCAUCAUAGCUAUUGUUAUGUGAUGACAGUGAUAUUUUACAGAAGAAUGUACCUUAAGUCUAAAAUUAGAAGGAAUAGUGGCUUAGUAUAUCCAUGGGAAGUUUUUAGAGAAAGAAUUUCAAUGAAAAUAUGUUGGCAUUUUUCUACCUUCUGAACUUUGUUCUUAAUGAGCAUAUGAUAGGGUAAUGUACAUUAUCUCCUAAUUAUGAGCACUGCAUGAGCAUUAAAAAGUAAACAUCAGAUAAAUACUUGAAAUCCAGUAUGUUCUUUGUGUUUUUAAAUGUCAGAGUUUAUGUCAGAGUUAAUUUGGUCAUAACAAAGUGAUCAUAAAUGGUGAAAUUUAAUAAAUAUUAUGCUCUAACAUGACCAGGCUA